UGAACGGGGGAGGGGCAGAGAGAGAGGAAGACACAGAAUCAGAAGCAGGCUCCAGGCUCUGAGCCAUCAGCCCAGAGCCUGACGCGGGGCUCGAACUCACGGAUCGCGAGAUCGUGACCUGAGCUGAAGUCGGAUGCUUAACCGACUGAGCCACCCAGGCGCCCCAGCUUUGUGGGUUUUAAGCAGGGGAGGGCAGCUCCCCUUCUGAGAAGAGAUCCGGAAUCCUGUCUAAACAUUCAUUUGUAGAGCAGGCCAGUGCCCGGGCCACCAGCCCAUUGCACAGCAGAGAAACUGAGGCCCAGCUGCCACAUGAGGCGUAAGGAGGAUCUCCAUGAGAGUAGGGGCAGGAGAUUUUGAUGCGCUUUCCAAGGACAAUGUCUUCGAGAACAACCGUUUGGCCUUUGAAGUGGCCGAGAAGGAGCUGGGGAUCCCUGCUCUCCUGGACCCCAAUGACAUGGUCUCCAUGAGUGUCCCUGACUGCCUCAGCAUCAUGACCUACGUGUCCCAGUAUUACAACCACUUCUCCAGCCCGGGCCAAGCUAGUGUCUCAUCACCUAGAAAGGCCCAGGCACCCUCCUCCCCGCCAUCCGGAGCACCUACUCCAGCACAACCAGGAGACAGGGCUCAGGGUGAGGAGCUCUCCUCCGGCAGUCUGUCAGAGCAGGGUGCCCACCAGACCCCCAGCAGCACGUGCGCGGCCUGCCAACAGCACGUGCAUCUGGUGCAGCGUUACUUGGCCGAGGGCAAACUAUACCACAGGCACUGCUUCCGGUGUCGGCGGUGCUCCAGCACGCUGCUCCCUGGAGCUUACCGAAGUGGGCCCGAGGAAGGCACCUUCGUGUGUGCGGAGCACUGUGCCAGGCUGGGCCCGGGUGGGCGGUCGGGGACCAAGGCCGGGCCGCCUCUGCAGCCGAAGCAGCGGCAACUUGCAGAAGAAGCCGAGGAUGUGGACGGAGGCGCCCCCGGCCCUGGUGCACCUGUCGGGGCUGAGGUGGAUGUGCCCAAGGCCGGCCCCGAGGCCCGGCCCCAGAUCCCCACCAAGCCCCGGGUUCCAAGCAAACCGCAGGAGCUGGGCAGCUCUCCGGCCGGCCGCCCCACGCCUGCCCCGAGGAAGGCGUCUGAGAACACGGCCCCGACGCCCCCCACGCCCCGGCCCCGGUCCAGUCUGCAGCAUGAGACCCCGGGGGAGCCGGGUGGUGGCAGCAGCUUAGUAAAUGGAAGGCUGCAUGAACCCCCCGUCCCCAAGCCGAGAGGGACCCCCAAGCUGUCUGAGAGGACACCAGCCCCCAGGAAGGAUCCCCCAUGGAUCACACUGGUGCAGGCAGAGCCAAAGAAGAAGCCAGCCCCCCUCCCCCCGAGCAGCAGCCCCGGACCUCCAAGCCGGGACAGCAGGCGGGUGGAGAACGGAGGCGUGGCGGAGGUGGCCCAGCAGAGCCAGGUGACAGCUGGCCUGGAGCCCAAGCCCUACAACCCCUUCGAGGAGGAGGAGGAGGAGGAGGAGGAGGAGGAGCAGGAGGCAUCCCCAGCUGCACCCGGCCUGGCCACAGGCCUGGCCACAGGCCCCGCCCUGGCCCACUCGGAGUCUACACCCAAGUCCCUGCACCCCUGGUAUGGCAUCACCCCCACCAGCAGCCCCAAGACAAAGAAGCGCCCUGCCCCCCGAGCGCCCAGCGCCUCCCCACUCGCUCUCCACACCUCCCGCCUCUCACACUCGGAGCCUCCCUCGGCUACCCCGUCGCCAGCCCUCAGCGUGGAGAGCCUGUCGUCCGAGGGCCCCGGCCAGACGCCGCCUGGGGAGCUUCUGGAGCCACCGGUCGUGCCCAAGAGCUCCUCGGAGCCUGCAGUCCAUGCCCCUGACACCCCCGCGACCUCUGCCAGCCUCUUCGCCAGCUCCUCCCUCUCCUCCUCUGGGGAACUGGUGCAGCCCAGCACAGACCGGACACCCCAAGCCAGCCCUGGCCUCGCUCCCAACACUAGGCGCAGCCCGGGGCCCCAGCCAGCCAAGCCCUGCGGUGGCGCUGCCCCCACGCCUCUCUUACUGGUUGGAGACAAGAGCCCCGUGCCUUCUCCUGGAACCUCAUCCCCGCAGCUCCAGGUAAAGUCUUCCUGCAAGGAGAAUCCCUUUAACCGGAAGGCAUCACCCACAGCAUCCCCAACCACAAAGAAGGCCACCAAGGGAUCCAAGCCAGCCAGGCCACCUGCCCCAGGACACGGCUUCCCACUCAUCAAGCGCAAGGUCCAGGCUGACCAGUACAUCCCCGAGGAGGACAUCCACGGAGAGAUGGACACUAUUGAGCGCCAGCUGGAUGCCCUGGAACACCGUGGGGUCCUGCUGGAGGAGAAGCUUCGUGGCGGAGUAAAUGAGGGCCGUGAGGACGACAUGCUGGUGGACUGGUUCAAGCUCAUCCAUGAGAAGCAUCUGCUGGUGCGGCGGGAGUCUGAGCUCAUCUAUGUUUUCAAGCAGCAGAACCUGGAGCGGCGCCAGGCGGAUGUGGAGUACGAGCUGCGGUGCCUUCUCAACAAGCCCGAAAAGGACUGGACAGAGGAGGACCGGGGCCGAGAGAAGGUGCUGAUGCAGGAGCUCGUGACCCUCAUCGAGCAGCGCAACGCCAUCGUCAACUGCCUGGAUGAGGACCGGCAGAGGGAGGAAGAGGAAGACAAGAUGUUGGAAGCCAUGAUCAGGAGGAAAGAGUUCCAGAGGGAGGCUGAACCCGAGGGCAAGAAAAAGGGGAAGUUCAAGACCAUGAAGGUGCUGAAGCUGCUAGGGAACAAGCGUGAUACCAAGAGCAAGUCCCCGGGGGACAAGAGCUAACAGCGAGGGCAGCCAGCUGGGACUUUCACCCCUCCUGGCUCAGCCCCUGGGCUGGGCUCCACUCGAGGGUGGCGGGGGGGUGGGGGGCUCCCUGCUUCCCAUCAGGAUCAGUCCUGAGGAAAGAUGAUGCAAGGGGAGGGGGCCUCUCGGUGACAGCCUCUCCCUCCUCAGGGUCCUGUUGCUGGUCUGGGCCAAAGAGUUUUCUUCCCCCUUCUCUGAGCCGUAGGCAGCUGUGGCUCAGCUCUGCCCAGUCUGGUUCUGGUGAUUCCAGAUGCUGGGACUGACCCACGGAGCGAGCAGGGUCCUGGGUCCAGGAUCCAGGGAGGGGCCGUGGCCCAGCACACCCGCCUUGCCCACCACCCAGCCCCUGCUGUGACGGGCAGCCCCUUGGUCCCUCCUCUUCCCUUCUGUACUGUGUCCAGAAGGGAUUCUUAGCUGUCACAGUCCUGACCUGGAGGUCCUUCCGCCCGCGUGGUCCGCCCACGGCCGACCUCCGGCCGGGGUCUCCUGCCUUCAGGCCUCUGCUGCUGUUGGCAGGCCAGCACUCAGGGCUUGGUGGCGCUGGCUUCUUCCUGCCCCAGCCCUGGCUCUGCGUCCCCGUUUUCCUUUCCAGUGCAGGUGGCCCUGAAUCUGUUUCUCCUCACUCAGGAGCUCUAUUUAUGAAGUCUAAUUAGGUUUGAGCUCAUUACUGUGUCCUCAGACACAAACGGGCCUGAUGGACAAAUCCCUCCCUCUGUCCCUCAGAGUUCUAGGAGGGGCCUCUCUCAUUUCCCCUGGUUCCAUAGGAAACCUCACCCCCCGGAGCCACGGGGCUGGGCGGCCACGCCGGGUGGAUGAGGGUCUCUGGGAGACAGGCCCCAUGGCAGUUCUGGUCCCCGAUCAUCAGCCGAGGGAGGAUGUUUCACAGAGGUGCUAAUCCUGGUUCCUUAACACAUUGUAGUCUGACCCCUCACUUAGACCUCCCCCCACCUCCCCCGGGGCUGGGGAUGGUGGGCCUGUUCCUGCGUGUGGCCGUCACCCGUCUGUCUACUCACGCUCGACUGUUGUCCGUUCUCUCCUGACUUGUUCCCCCGAAGGACUGAUGGCCACUUACCCCACUGAGAUGGCCAGGGGAGAGGAGGAGCCGAUGGGGACAAUGGCCUUUUCCCCAGGGAAUGUGUCCAGCAGCUCUCGGUCAAAGCACUGUUGCUAUAAGCUAUCUCUGGGGUGCUCCAGGGCACCCCCCUCAGCACACCUCUGGGGAAAGUACGCACUGUAUUAACUCACGAGGAUUUUCCUCGCCAACAAUAAACGGAGACAACCUCAGCUGCCGGUGCCCUGGAGCCUUGGGUGCUUUGCCCUUAGCCAGGUGUGCCUGCUUCCCUGUGUCCGCCGCAUGCCGUGGCCGGACAUCUCUGGUCACCUGGGCGGGACCUGUGGGGCCGUCCCUGCCAGGGAGCCUUGGUCCUCAGUGCCUGCCAGUGGGCAGGACUCUUCUGCAGCUGGGAGAGGUGGCUCCCGCACCUGCACAGCCCCUGGCGGUCUCCUUCCAGACGUGCCUGUUGACCUGGAGCUGGUCACCAACUCCACAAAGGCUUUCAGGGGCCAGGCAGGUCACAUGCAUGACCAGGCGGGGUGUAACCUGAGGAGUGGCUCUGGCAGGCUGUCUGGGUGUCUGGAGACUCAGGUGGUGGGGACUGGGGUGAACUGGGGUGUCUAUGCCCCCAACUAAAGGGGGAAGUUCUUCGUUACUUAAGUCAACUGUAGUUUGUGGGAACGUGGGCCCAGUGUUGCCAGACUCUUCCAUUUCUCAAAAGAAGCUAGAAAUCCAGA